AUGGCCCUGCGGCGCAGCCCCGAGCCCCCCGGCGGGCCGGCGCGCUGGCUGCCCACGCACGUCCAGGUGACGGUGCUGCAGGCCCGCGGGCUGCGGGGCAAAGGCACGGGGGGCAGCAGCACGAGCGACGCGUACACGGUGAUCCAGGUGGGGCGCGAGAAGUACAGCACGUCGGUGGUGGAGAAGAGCACGGGCUGCCCCGAGUGGCGCGAGGAGUGCGUCUUCGAGCUGGCGCCCGGCGCGCUGGACGGGCUGCUGCGGGCGCAGGACGCGGCCCCCGACGCCCCGGCCCCGGGGCCGGCCGAGCCCGCCUGCGAGCUCGUGCUCACCGCCAUGCACCGCUCGCUCAUCGGCAUCGACAAGUUCCUGGGCCAGGCCAUCGUGGCCCUGGACGAGGUCUUCCGCCAGGGCCGCGCCCAGCACACGCAGUGGUACAAACUGCACUCCAAGGCGGGCAAGAAGGAAAAGGAGCGCGGCGAGAUCCAGGUCACCGUCCAGUUCACGCGCAACACCCUGAGCGCCAGCAUGUUCGACCUGUCGGUAAAGGACAAGCCACGCUCGCCCUUCGGCAAGAUCAAGGACAAGAUGAAGGGCAAGAAGAAGUACGAGCUGGAGUCAGCCUCGGCCAUCAUCCCCAGCAGCGCCCUGGACGACCCCGACCUGCUCGGCGGCUCCAGCAAGAAGGCCAAGGCCAAGGCCUUCUUCCUCCGCAACAAGCUGCGCAAGUCCUCGCUGACGCAGUCCAACACCUCGCUGGGCUCCGACAGCACGCUCUCCUCCACCAGCGGGAGCCUGGCCUGGCUGGGCUCCGAGUACCUGACGCGCUCCCCCAGCCGCCACAGCCGGCUGUCCACCGAAGGUGGCAAAGACUCGGCUUCCUCCCCCAAACUGCUGACCCACAAGCGGGCCUACAGUGAUGAAGUGAGCCAGGUGCAGGCAGGGCUGCCCCGCGCUGGCCACGACCCUGGCUCUGGGUCUUCCCUCUGCAUCAAUGGCAGUCACAUCUACAACGAUGAGCCGUCUGUCCCACAGGCCCACCGCGCCUCCAUCUCGGGCCCCUUCCCUUCGGCCAGUGCCCUCCACGGUCUCUCCCUGCGGCGGGCCGAGGAGGGCACGGGGCCGUCGGACACGGCCCCCGGGGGCAGCUCUGAGCCGGUGGCCGCGGCAGGUGUGGGCCGAGAGGAGUCUGGAGCGCGGGCUGGCGAGGAGGAGGGUCCCCGGCGGGCAGAGGGGAAGCCCGUCCAGGUGGCCACGCCCAUAGUGUUCCCAUCCACGUCAGCAGAGAGAGAAGACGGGAGGAAGGAGGAGCGCAAGACCCGCGUGGGUCUUUUCCACCAUCACCACCAUGGGGCAGGCCGCAGGGGCUCCCUCGGGGAGAAGAUGGGCCUGGCCCUGGGUGCCUCCCUACACCCUUCCUCCAGUGGGGAGGAGAAAGGCAGGAGCGGCUGGUUUGGUUCCCGAGAGGGGAAGGAGCACACCCAGAAGCCCAGCCUGGACGUGUCUCCUCAGGUAGAACCUGGCCCAGAUGCGCCUGCGCCGCCUCCUCCGGGCAGCCUCCCCUGCUCCCCCCCUGCUCCUGUUCCCGCUGCUGCCGCUGCUAGCAUGCUAAGCACUAACCUCUUUGCACCCGCUGCCGCCGCCACCGCCUUUGCCUCCCCCCCUGCCCCCUCCCCCAGAUGUCUGGGAUCUACCAACCCAUUCCUCCCCUCCCUGCAGAGCAACCCCUUCUUUGAGGAGCUCGUGGCGGACAAAGCGUUAAAGUGUGCUUCACCUGCUCGCUCUCUCCCCAGCGGCUCGCUGGUAGCGGCCCCCACUGCGCCCUCCCUGCCGGAGUGGGACGACACCUUCGACGCCUUUGCCGCCAGCAGGCUGCCCCCCGAUGCUGGGCACGGACUCUCGGCCCCAGCCGCAGAGAGGGGGGCCUUGGGAGCGCUCCAGGCCGGCGAUGAUGACGUGCAGAUGGCAGGGUCUCAGGAAGCUCCCAGGGGAGGGGGAGGAGGCUCAGUAUCGGCGCCAGAGGCUUCCGGACCCCUGAGUCUUGACGGCUGGAGUGUGGCCCCUGCUGGCUGGGAGUCACCUGUGUUUCGAGGACCCAGCCCCUCCUUAGCAGCCGAAUGGCCCUCACCGAGCCGGGAGCCAGAGGAGGAGACCCCCUGCCAGCGUCAGGAAGCGGACCAACACCCAGAAGCCCCUGAGGCUGCUUGUCCCAGGCCCCGAAGAAGAGUGAGCGCUGAGCAGGAGAGGUCGCCUAACCCCGGAGCAUCCACGGAGCCUGAGGAAGAGCCCAGGAGCGUGGAAAGCCACUUUUUCCAAGAGUUGAAUGUGGUUACUGAUCUCUGGUCAUCAGAGAUGGUAAACAUCCCUCCUGUGUCCAGGAGCCCCCCUCCCAUCCCAAAGAGAAGCUGGGAGCAAGAAGAGAGCCUUUGGGGGGCUCUGGAUGAACCCCCCGGCCUUCAGGAGCCAGGAUCCCCAGGGCCACCUCCAGACUCUGCAGGAGACGUGGACAGAGAAGUCUUCUCACCACCCCCUGACAAAGGGGAGGGGUCCCCUGCACCAGAACCUGGCUCUCCUCCACCCAAGCCACCACGCCUUUUCACACCCAUGAAUUCCCAGAAUGAAGAGGAAGAAAUGAACCCAGGGGAGCUGAGCAGAGAAGGGACAGAACUGUGUGUCGAAGACAUCUGCCCAGGCCUUCCGGCUCUCCACCACCAGGAUGAGAUGGAGGGGGGUGCCUUGGGUGUGGAAGAGCUCGAGAUCUGCCCCACUGUAGACCGUCCAGACCAACGUGCUUCAGAAGGGGACUCUGUCAGCUGCUGGGACCCGGUUCCCCGGGUCCCUGAGCCCGGCUCUCCACCAGCUGUCCUGGAUGUCCCUUCCCCAACACUCACCUCACAGAGCAAAGCUGGCCAGAGCCAGCAUUUCUGGGCAGUUCAGGAAGCAGAGUCUCAAUUCCUUGGCAUGUUGGGGACCCUCCAAGACAAACCUGAGCCCCCUGGCCCCCUGGUGACUGCUGGUUUGGAGAAAGAUCCUUUCUGGGCUUCUGAUGAUGAUGAUGAUGACACCUUGAGCUCCUCCUUACCUCGUGGGAGCCCAGCUUCCACCAUCCUUCCAGCCUUGCUUUCUGCUGGGGAUGAAGCUUCUCCAGAAUCUCCCAGCCUAGAACUUGUGGCCCCUCAGGAUCCCCUCCUUGCUCCUCCCCUCCCUCCCCCUCUCCCUUCUCCAUGCCCAGCCACUAAUGUGAGCAGGAAGCCUGGCCAAGAAUCCCUCUCUCUGCAUGGAAGCCGGCCCUUCUCCUUCUCUACCCCGGCCCCGAUGGACUUCCCUGCAACCCGAGGCCCCUUCGAGUUCCCCUCGCCCAUCGAGGGCUCCUCGAGCCCACAGUGGGGCAUCGAGACCCCUUCCACCCUGCUUGCGCUUCUGCCCCUGGAGACACGACCAGCUGAGGAGCCUUCGAGCCAGCCUGGCGCCAGCCCCCACCCCGUGAAGCCUCUCAGCUCGGCGCCCCCAGAGGGGUCUGUGGACAAGAAGCCGCCUCGGUCUGGCCUGAGCUCAGCCCUGACCAGUGGGUUGGAGAAACUCAAGACGGUCACUUCAGGCAGCAUUCCACCUGUGGCCCCCCAGGCUGAGCAGACAGUGGAGUCCAAGGUGAAGCUGAAGGACCCCUCGCAGCCGGACCAGUCAGCCAAGUACUACCACCUGACCCACGACGAGUUGAUCGCCCUGCUCCUGCAACGGGAGCGGGAGCUAAGCCGCCGCGAUGAGCACGUGCAUGAGCUGGAGAGCUACAUUGACCAGCUGCUGGUGCGCAUCAUGGAGACAUCUCCAACGCUGCUGCAGAUCCCGCCAGGGCCCCGGGCCCCCAAGUAACCCCCUUCCCUAGUUCACACACACACACACACACACACACACACACACACACACAUACAUGGACACACACACACAAACACACACACACACACACACACACCCACCCCUGUAGGCUGGCAGGUCUUCCCAGCCAAGAGUUGAUGGUGGAAUUUUAGGGCCUUGUAGGAGAGCAAUCUGGGCCCUUCCUGGCAGGGGAGGAACCAGGGCCCCAAAGGAAAGCUAUUUCUGCUCCCCUCAGGGCUCUCCCUGCUACCAGGGACAGAUCUGGGACUAGAAGAGGCCGGCUCUGCUCUGGCCCAUUCAACUUGGGGCCCGCUGGAGCUUGGGGGCCAGAGUGGGCUGUAGAGUCUUCCAAGGACAACACAGGGGAGGUAAGGGGGGUUGCUGCCUGGGAGGCAGUGAUACUCCCUAUCCCUGUCUGAACCCAGGUGUUCCUCCUCCCCCACCCCCAGCUGGAGCUAGCUUCUCCCACUCCCCUGCCCUGAUGUUACUGCCAGUGUUACCUCUUGGGAAGCAAUCUGCCAAAAUGUGAGCCUGACAGCUAGCCGGCUCAUCCGUCAGCACUCUGCUGCGCUGCCCUGUCCCCACUGUGUGUGUGUGUGUCUGUGUGUGUGUGUGUGUGUGCGCGUGUGAGAGUGAGCGUGAGUGUGAGGGCCUGCGGUUCAGUUUGGGGAGAGGCCAAGGGGUGUGCUCUGAGUCUUUGGUUCAUUUUAUUCAGGGAGGGAUUUGCGUUCUGUUGUUUCUCCGAAAGAAUAAUCCGCCCCCCACCCCUAGGUCUUUAUCUGAUCCCAGGCUUCCUGUCUUUGGGGUUCUUCUGGGAUCUGUUUGGGUUUUAAUGUUUAAAAGCUUCUCUGUUCUCUGCUUACCCGUUCAGAUGCCAAAACUCUGCAGCCCGGAAGGGCUUAGAAAAAAAUCAUUAAAAUGUAAAAUGUGCCUUGUGGGGAGGGGCCCAGGCAGGGGUCUGGACCGAGGUCCACCUGCCCCCGCCUCCCUUUCCAUGAUGGGCUUUCUCCACCUGGCACCCCACUCCUCCCUGCUGAAGAGAAGAAGGGGUAGAGGCUCCUGCACCCCUGCCCUGGCCUGGCCAUCUGCCUGCAUGGCUCUGGGCACCUCUGGCUCACCUCCCCAGCCUUGAGCCGAGUGUGAGAAAAUGGGAGGGGCAGCCGGUGGAUGGCUGGCCAGCUCCAUGAAUGAGUUCUCAAGCCCAGGAAACCAGAAUUGGGGCAGGGGUGAUGAUGUUUGAUACCAUCCCCCCUUUCCCAUUUCACUCGAUGAAUUAACAAGCAGCUCAGUGCCCUUGCGGGUGCCCCCUCUUCUCUCCCCUCCCCAGUUCCUGCUGGCCUGCCCCUGCCUUCCUCCCCCUCUCCUGGCUACAUUGUCUCAUUGGAGGCACUGGGAUGCUGCACUUGGGGGAGGAAAGUUCUCAGCCACUCCUCCCUCUCCCCCUCCCCCCUACUGCCCACCAGCCAAGCUGCUAUUCUCGCCCUCUCCACCCAGCUGCCUUAGUUAACUGGGCUGUUGCACUUUAACAAGUAAGCAUUCGUCCUGUGUCCCAUGUUCCCCAACUGGUCCCCCUUGGCCGGGCAGCCCCUGGGGCCUGAUCUCAGCCAUCUGCCCUCCUUCCACCUUGGAUCUGACCCUCUGGACAGGUGCAUCAGGGCAGCUGUGAUAGGUGGGAGCCUGGGGCCCUUUCUGGGAUGGCAGGCUGAGGUGGGUGAGGAAGGCCGCUGGUGAUAGGUUUUGACUCGGCCUCUGGAGGGCUGUGUCAUUGGAGAGAGGAGAAACCCGAGAGAGAGAGAGAGAGAGUGUGUGUGUGUGUGUGUGUAUGUGUAUGUAUGUAUGUAUGUGCGCGCGCACGUGUGCAUUCGUAUAUGUAUGGGAUUUUGGGGGGCUGUCUUGAUGUCGGGAGGAGUCCCUGGAGAUGGAAAGCAAUGCCCUCCCCUCUCCUCAGUAGCCUGUCUUGAAAACCCCCUUUGAGUCAUUCACAGUCCUGAUCCUCUCCCUUCCCCAGGGUCUGGAGGGGGAGGGAAUGCCCCUUCUUGGGGCACAGCCAAGGAGACAAGGACCCCAGCCUGGCUGGGCUUUGGGAGGGGGCUGGAGUCUACAGCCAAGCCACAAGUUUUUGCAUCGAAGCCCAAGUUGUUCUGUGUUGUCUUUUUGCCCCUGGCCCUAGUUGGAGGCUCCAGCAGAGGGUGGACAUCCUUUUGCUUCACUGUUUGUCUUCCUUGCUGCAGUUCAUGUUUCUAAAGAGCUUGUUCUUUGUGUUUUAAGCACUUUACAAAGAAUAAAAAUUGGAUUCAUCUACGA